GUGGAUAGAUUUUCGAAAAACUUGUUUUUUUAUUUUCUCUACACCAACCGCCACCAGAUGUUGCACUUUAUACCACCCUUUUUGCUAGUUCUUAUCACCCAACCGGCGAUAUCCACGGAUUACUGCGACAAGGAUCUGUGCCAACCGGAAAUAACGCAUAUCGGUUGUCACAAUUACGGGGACUUUGACGAGACCUGUGGCAAUGGAGCGAUCAUGUUGAAGUUCCCCAUGCACCUGCGUGCCCAUCUAUUGGCCGUUCUUAAUGAUUUCCGUAAUACACUGGCUCUGGGUCAGUACCCGGGCUUUCGUCCCGCUGCUCGAAUGGCCACUCUCCGGUGGCACGAGGAACUGGCCGGAUUGGCCAAGUUCGCCUUGCGACGUUGUGAGAAUAUGGACGAGUACUGCAGCAACACGGAUGAGUUUAGAUACGUGUCCUAUAUCUACGGUAGUACCAAGUGGCUGCACCAGGAGAAGACCCCCAAAUCGGUUAUGGAAUUUGUGUUGCAGUUCUGGAUGGAUGACAUAAAGUCCUGCACAAUGGCGCACAUUAACACGGAGAAAGCUCCCAAGGAUAGGCACUGUCGUGGCUACUUCACCCAACUGGUCCAGGAUCUGGCCGCCCACAUCGGUUGUGCCAUGAUGAUGCGAAGGAGUAUGGCAAGCGGACUCUAUCAGUACGGCGUCCUUUGCCAGUUCUCCCGCGGGAAGAUCGCCAAUGAGCUGGUCUACCGCGAAAGCUCGAAUCCGGGAAGUCGCUGCUAUGCGGGAACCCACUCCGUUUAUCAAGGGCUCUGUUCGCCCGAUGAGCAUGUCAAUCCCAAUGCCCUGCAAUUAGGCGAGCUUAAUUGAAUUGGUCAUGCGGAGUGUAAUAAACUUAGGUUUUAAGCUAGAUUUACUCGUAAAUUAAAGUGUUACUGCCACGCUGA